AUUUUAAUUUUCGUAACGUUGGCGGCCCUGCCCAACUGUCGACACAUUCUUUUUCCGGCGAGAUCCUCAGGUGGACGUAUCGUAGUUUUCAUUAUUUCGGCCGUAAAAUUAUCUUCAGCUUCUCACAAUGAAAAUCUGGAAGGAUGUUUUCACCGGUGACGAGAUGUUCUCGGACACCUACAAGAUGAAGCUGAUCGAUAAUGUCAUGUACGAGGUCUACGGAAAGCUUGUUUCCCGCACCUUGGGAGACAUCCAGAUUGAUGGUGCGAACCCGUCCGCCGAGGAAGCCGAUGAGGGCACUGAUGCCGCAACCGAGUCCGGUGUCGAUAUUGUGCUGAACCACCGAUUGGUAGAGACCGGGUUUGGCGACAAGAAACAGUUUACCGCCUAUCUCAAGGACUACAUGAAGAAACUGCUGGUCCGAUUGGAGGAAACCAACCCCAGCGAAGUGGAGGUUUUCAAGACCAACAUCAACAGCGUGAUGAAGGACCUACUGGGACGCUUCAAGGAUCUGCAGUUCUUCACCGGUGAGUCGAUGGACUGCGCUGGAAUGAUUGCCAUGCUCGAGUACCGUGACAUCGAUGGCGAGAGCGUCCCGGUCCUGCUUUGCUUCAAGCAAGGCCUGGAGGAGGAGAAGUUCUAGAGACUAAGAAAAUGUGUGUGUUGUAAUACAGUUGUAUGUAUAGCUAGACCGCGUAACUACUGUUUCGAAUUCGAUGACGGCACGACAGAGGUAGGAAAAGAAGAACGCAGAUGGCAUCGAAGAAAUCCUCUCAAACUAAAAACUAGGACGUCUCGGGCGGAGCCAAUUCUCUUCUUUAUUUUAUAAAACGAAAUUCCUAUUUUUUUCUUCGAAUUAAUAACAUUUUUAUAUUUAUUUAUCACAUAUCAAAAUUUAGAUUUUUGUUUGUAACGGCUUUCAAUGCUUUCAAGUAGGACACAAAGAACUAUCAUGAAUCGCGAAAUUAGAAGAUCUUGAUUUUGCGUUGAAAUCGUUUCGAUCCGAUUGUACAUAAAUUCCAAUAGAGUAACAAGACUUAAAUUAUCCAAAUCGCCACAGUUCGAUGAUAGUUUUUCUUUUGCUUUCUACAAAGUGUAUUCAAGAAUUCAACAUCUCUCAGUAAUUAACUAAAUAGGAUCAAAUCAGGAAACCUAGGAAUGCACAUUUCUGUACAAUCAAUACUCGAUGAGGAAGCGGCAUAUAGGUUAAUUUUACUCAGUGCAGGAAAACAAUCAUCCGUCUUCUAUAUUAUGUUCAGAUAGCAGUGACCGGAGAAUGGUAGGAGGCAGAAAGAGGAAGUUUAGUCCUUUCUUGUCGAAUCUUGUCAGGUUUACACAAUAAGAGCCAAUCAAUGGUGAAUCAAUCGGAAAAGGAUGUCAAAUAUACAAUAGCCUUGAACAAACGAUAUCUCUGGUUCGGGCAUGCUAAAA